GGUUUUAUUCAUCCCAAUCCCUCUCUUACGACGUGUACAACCAUGGAGGUACAAUCCCAACCUCUAGCUCAGCCGCUAUGGAGCAAUAUAUUAAAGCAGCAGCCCAAAAAUCCGCCGCCAGCGCCUCAACUAUUCUCUCCCAUUAUCAAUGAUCAACAACACGGGGUUAUGGUAGGAAGUUGCGAUUCUCGGAAGGGAAUAUCGGUGGCGGUGGUCGAUGCUAACGCCAUAAUCCAAGGUGGCGAGAGGCUAUGCCUCUCGGCUGAUCGAUUUGUUUCUGUCCCUGAGGUCAUUGCUGAAAUACGUGACCCCGCUUCGCGUCACUCUCUCAAGUUCCUUCCAUUCUCUGUUGACACUCUGGAACCCUCUUCGGAUGCCCUAAGAAAAGUGAUCAAUUUUGCAAGGGCAACUGGAGACUUGCAAACACUUUCAGAUGUGGAUCUUAAGCUAAUUGCUUUGACUUAUACAUUGGAGGCUCAGACCCAUGGAACUCACCAUAUCAGAGACAACCCUCCUCCUAUUCAGACGGUUAAUGUGAAGAGACUGCCUGAAAAGGACAUGCCAGGGUGGGGAUCCAAUGUUCCCAAUCUGGAAGAAUGGGAAACUCUAGAGCAUGCGACUGAGGGUGGAUCAAUUCCGAAUUCAAGAAUUCUUCCCAUGAAAAAUUUGAACUUGAAUGCUUUAUCCGCAGAUGAACAUGGUACUGAAAACGGUUCAAUUCAAAAUGGUAGUGAAUCACAGUCUGGAAAUCAAGAGAAUGCGGAUGGUGGUUUCACUAAGCCCCGAAGAUACUUUCAGCAGAAAAAGGAGAUAAACAUCGACGGGAAGAAGAUGGUUGCUGAUGGAAUUGAUGCAUCGCAGGGUCAUUAUGACGAUGAAUCUGGUGACUGGAUGCCUGCUGUAAGUCGGAGUACUCAUAGAAGAUUCCUGAGAAGGAAGGCUAGACGUGAAAUUCAUGCUGAGUUGUCGGCGAAAAGUGAUCAACAAGAUGCAGCUGAAAAUGAGAGUGAAAACCUAGAUGACGAUAACUGCUGUCCAGAUCUGAUACCAGUACAAAGUUAUGAAGAAACAGGGAAUAGCAGCUUAGGAAAUGGUAAGAUCAUUGAUGGCAAGAACACUGAUGAAGAUAUCUCAGAAAUUUUGAAUAACAUGAGGCUUGAAGAAGAAUCUCUAAAGUCUGUAGCAGAAGGUGAAGACUCUGAUGUUGAAGUCGGCGAUGAAGGACCGGAGUUCCCGGAGACUACUAGCCAGACUAGUGAGAAUGUUGAUGCACUACACAUGGACGAUAAUAGUAGUGAACAGAGCUGGACACUAAGAUCUUUGUCUGAGUCUAGUGUGGCUUGUGUAACUACUGACUUUGCCAUGCAGAAUGUGCUUCUGCAGAUGGGUUUGCGCCUUGUGGCACCUGGUGGAAUGCAGAUACGUGAGCUACACAGGUGGGUGCUGAAAUGCCAUGCCUGCAAUAAGUUGACCACAGAAAUUGGUAGAAUUUUCUGUCCCAAAUGUGGAAACGGGGGCACACUGCGCAAAGUAGCUGUUACAGUUGGCGAAAAUGGUAUUGUUCUGGCAGCACGUCGACCUCGUGUAUCCUUGCGUGGUACAAAGUUCUCUUUGCCCUUACCCCAAGGGGGCCGAGCUGCCAUUACCAAGAACCCGGUUCUACGUGAAGAUCAGCUUCCACAGAAGUUCCUGUAUCCCAAGACAAAGAAAAAGAACAAGCAGGGAGACGACAUUUUUGCUCCAGAUGAUCUUUUCCUUACCCAUACCAGUAAGAAAGCUCCGUUGCAGCCUCCUGUACGGAAAACAUUAGCUGUUUUCAGUCAGAAGAGGAAUCCUAAUGAUAAUCAUUACUCGCGUGCUAAACAUUGAGUCUCAUUUUUCCACAACGUAUUUAUGCAACUUUGGUGCCAAAAUUUUUUGAUGUAAUGAGAAACUGGUUGCAGAAAUUUUGUAGUGGCUUAAUUUUGAUGUUGGUGUGUGAUUUUUCCA